AUGCCUACUUACGAACUAGCUCUAAUGUUACGUGCUAUGCCAAAGACGGAGCUAAAAACUUCGUUAAAACGUAUAUCGCAUGCUAUUUUUGACCGAGGAGGUAUUAUUAGGAGUAUAGAAAAUUUGGGAUUUAGAGCUAUGCCUUAUAAAACUUCUGCUCAUGGACUAGUGCACAGAGAAGCGAAUUAUUUUGUUAUUAAAAUGGAUACAGGAACUAAAGCCGUCGCUGAUUUACGUGAAGAAUAUAGCAGAGAUGUAGAUGUAAUAAGGCAAAGAAUUUUUAAAUCUCAAGAGGCCUUUGACAAAACCUGUACGUUAGAAGAAGAAUUAUUACCUCCAGCAUACCGAAAAGAGGUUCAGAAGAUGAUCGAUGUCGGAAAAACCCAAGUAAACCGAUUUAAAUAUAAAUUUAAAUAUAAUUCUGGGUUAGAUUAUUAUCCUUUCCAAAGGUAG